AGACCCGCGAUAUAGUUUACAAACAUCACUCACACUAGUCAAGAGGGUCAAGACGAAGUGUUUUUAGUUGUGGUCGAUGGCCACCGGUACCCUAACGGAGCAGCAGUUCACCGAUGCUGCCGAGCAAUUUUCGGAACUGUCCCGUCGACUCGAUGACGGAUGGGAACUAAUCAGGCCCGAAAGCGGAGCCUUCGCGUAUCUACGAAAACGAUUGAAGCAGACACUGAAUACCGCCAUCGGAACUGGAAGAAGUGCUUCAGAUGACGACGAAGCAGAACUGCUAGUGGAGGAUCCUUCUUUGGCGGAUGGAGCGGUGAAUUCAGUUUCCAAGCAAGAAGUUGUCUAUCAGUUCGAGUAUCACGUAGUCUACAGCGUUAGUUACCAAGUUCCGGUGCUGUACUUCAAUGCGUACAAGUGCGAUGGUACCAUGCUUCGACUGGAGGAAGCCUGGGAUGGGUUUCGUGACCUUGCGUCGGAGAGUCGCGAACAGUUGAGGCAAACCUUGACCCAGAUGGAGCAUCCGAUUCUGUUCAGACCGUUUCUGGCGCUCCAUCCCUGUAGAACUGCUCAGGUUCUCGGAAACGUUGCUAACGCCGGAUGUGGGAACUUACUGGUAGCUUUCGUUUCAUCCUAUGGACCGUUUGUCAAUUUGGCUUUGGAUGUACGAUAUGGCACGUUGGGUAGCGAGAAAUAAAAUAUCAGACAAUAAGUUA